AUGUCAAUUUUAAACCAGAUUAGGGACCUUUUUAUAAAUCAGAAAACUUUCAAAUUAUUUGAUAAAGACAACAAUGAAACAAAUGAUAUUGCUAUAGCUGACAUAAUCAAAUUUGAUGAUAACGAAAAUAAAGCUUUUAAACUAGAUACUUUGACAGAGUUUUCAGUGGAUGGAAAUAUUCUUCCAUUGAGAUUAAUUGUGCAUUGUUGGUUAAAUAAAGAUUCUACCGCUGCUGAAUAUCUAUCUGAUUGUCAAGCUAAACAAUUAACUAAUGUUUCGUUCUUGCAUAGAACUGAUUUAAUUAAUUGGUUAUCAGGGCAGUUAGAAAAAUCAUCUUAUGUGAACACAGGUUCUACAGAAGCUACUCAAGAUGAUAAUACAAAUAAUACUUCCAAAAGUCAAACAGAAAAUGAAAAUUUACAAUCUGAAACUUACAGCUCAACCUCAGUUACAUCCAAUAACAUAAUACCAUCCAAAGGCUCAGUUAAUGCUGAAACUUUAAAUGUUACUAAUAAUAUCGAAUUACUGAAAUCAUCUGAUGCCGUUUUGGCUAAAACAUUAGAAAAUACAAGAGAAUUACUAAAUCAUAAUACUGAACUUCGUGGUUCUAAGCCUAUUGAUUUUGGUUAUUUAAUUAAAGAUGCAGAAUUAAAAAUUGUCCAGUCCAUAAAAUCAUCACUCCGCUCCAGUAAAGGAAAGUCUUCAUCUACUGGCAUAUCUAAAAAUCGUGAGAAAAAAGUUGUUCUACAAAAGGAUCCAAUUAUUUUAAUUCCUUCAGCAACUUCUUCCAUUUUUACAUUGACAAAUAUUAAACAAUUUUUAGAAGAUUCUAAAUAUGUUAGUCCAAGAGAUCUUUCUGUAAAUUUACAACAGGACCUAGUGACAGUCGAAAAGAAACUAGAUGGAUUAAGUAGACCAAUAAGAUUUUUAAUUGUAAACAACACAAGAAUGUUUACGAAACCAGAGUACUGGGAAAGAGUUGUGGCAGUAUUUACUACUGGCCAUGAAUGGCAAUUUAACAAUUAUCAAUGGAGCAAACCUCAAGAUUUAUUCCAACACACUAAAGGUUACUAUUUCCACUUCACUGGUGAUACGGUUCCUCCUAAUGUUCAAAAGUGGAAUGUACAAAAAGUUGAAAUAGAUAGAAAUAAAAGAUUUAAGGAUGUUGAAGUUGUGCGUUUCUUCUGGUACAAUUUAGAGAAGGAAUUACUAGCGAGAGGUUACCGUUAA